AUGCGCAGCUGGAUUGGGCUACUAGUAAUAGCUGCAGCAAUUAUUUCGACGUGUGUGAGUGCCUUUAUAGCGAUGAACUCAAGAAUACUAACGACUACGGAGAAGGACGAAGUGAGGGCCAGAAUCGGUUUGGCUCCAAUGAAAUCGAAAUUCGCCCGAGCUACCGAAGGAACGAAGUUGAAUGUUUGGUUGGCCAUGAAAAAUACACCUGCUGACGCAGUCGCGAAACUGAAGCUGAACCGAGGCGUGGAUGAGGCUCUUGCCGGUCCAAAGUUGAAGGCACUGGUCAGCUACGUGGAUAUGUUCAGCACAAAGUACCCAGAGAAGCAAGUAUCAGUGGUCGGGGUGCUCUCGACAAAGUAUGGCGAGGGUGCUGUUGCCAAAGGCCUCGUGAGGGCGACGCAGGCCACCAGGUCCAAGGAUAUUGCAACGAAGUUGCAGACUGAUCAGUUACACGAUUGGUUAAAGAACAAGAAGACUGUCAAAGACGUUUUCACGCUACUGAAGAUCGCUGAAGUUGACGUACAUUUGUAUCUGCCAAGUGGGAAACUGGAAGCUCUGGACGAAUAUAUUAAGCUGUUUAAUACCAUGAAUCCGCAGCAUAAAACGGAUUUGUUCAGCGCUCUACGGAACGGGUUCGGCAGUGAGGCAGAAUUUGCCGUUGUGGUUUCGAGAGCCCUGGCAAUUUCGCCAUGGACAUCCAAGGAGGCCUUAAAAUUCCAGAUAAGGCUGUUUGAGCAAUGGAUUGAUAGAGACAUUGAUCCCAUUAGCAUUUUUACCAAGGUGUUCAAGGUCCAAGAGAAUAACAUGGCCUCUGUUACUUCGACCAUGAAGUUGGAUAAAGAUCAGUAUCGACCGGUCUACAACAAGGCCAACGGUAUCAAGGAGCCUAUCGCUGUAGAUCCUCGACGUUUUUAA